AUGAUUACCCCCAAGGCGCUCGCGGCGGCAGCGGCGGCCGAUUCAAGGGGAUUCUCGCAGGCUUCCGAACAAAAGACCCAACCAUUUUCACAAUCCGAAAUCCAAGCCCGUCUGGCUCGUUCCAGGAUGGAGGAAGACCGCUCCAUGUCUAGCACAGUUCCGCUGGACAAUUUGGUGGUUCCCCAGGACAGAGAUAUCCGCAUUCUAAUGAGGCCCUUGGCGCGGGGUCGGUCCGUCAGUCCAGGCAACCACGAGAACUGCGAAUGGCUCGCGCUGCACGCAGAGGUGACGGAUGGCGGCGAUGACACGAACCACAGCGUUUUGGCUGUCACGCAAACCCACAGGGACAUCAAGUUUUCUGUCCGCGUUCCUGGCCAACGGCGCAACGACGAGCUCUGGUGCGAGCUGUAUUUUGUUCCACACAGCAACGAACUAGUACUGCUUAACCGCUCCGAGGUGCCGUUCAAGCUAUACCGUGUGUCACAGCAAGUGCCGGGCAGCCCCCGGGAGCACUUUGAACUCAAGCCUAAUUUCACCAGGGCCCUCGCGCCGGGCACCUGGCGGAUCAAAAUCGACGACGCCGACAUCCUGGACUUUCGUGUCCUGGAGAAGCGUGCGGCGAAGGCGCGCCUGCUCUCAAGCUCUUCAGCCUCGGAUCUCUCGACCAUCGACGGCCAGCUGGUAACCGUGACUAGGAAGCGGUCUUUUGACGACGAUGACGAUGACGAGCCUGCCACCCCUGAAAAGAACGAGAAGAGAAUGCGUCCAUCGGAGCCCGAGGAUAAGAAUGAGGACGGGGUCAUAAUGUUUCUUCCGGCCACAACCAACCCACUGGUCUUUCCGCUACCUGGGACUGGCAAAGAGAUUUCUACAUCCGACGGCCACCCCCUCUUGGACCUAGAGUCUGACGACGUCGUUGAGAUUCCUGGCGUCAAGCUCCCAAGGGGCGGCGAGAUUGACGAAUACACCAUCGCCAAGAGGGAUCAGAUCGCUACAUCCAGUCUCUCUACUGUGUUCACUGCUGACCACUCUGAUGUCCCAGAUGGGGUCAUUGUUGUCAAAGUCUUGAAGACACGGACCAACGCAUUGCCCAAUAACGAAGCCGCCAUUGCCAAGAACGUGAUCCGACAGGCCGACAUCUGGCUUCGAGAGCUUCAGUACCAGGAAAAUCUCGAGCACAAGAGCAUUGUGCGGUUGUAUGGUGGUGAUGCCCGGUUUCUGUCCCUCUAUAUGGAGCAUGUCGAUGCGCGCGACCUCACCGCUAAGGGCACGUGGCGUGUUGCCAGUACAGACAUGUUCAAUGGCGAUCGGUCAGACGCUUCCCGCAUCCUGCGCGACAUUGCAAGUGCUCUGCACUACAUUCACAGCAAAGGCUUGGUGCAUAACGACAUCAAGCCAGGCAACAUCUUGUACAGCAGGGACCGCGGAGCCGUACUGUGUGAUCUGGGCUUGUCGACCAAAGCCCGCGACCCAGUUGCAGCUGGCACACCAUGGUACGUCCCACCCGAGUUUAUCGGUUUGAGGCAGCGCGGGCCCGCAAGUGAUGUUUGGGCGCUGGGCGUGACAAUGCUCUACGUCUUGGGCAAGAUCACCUGGCCUGAUGUUCGGGCCAACCAACGGCACCCGCGCCAUUUGUACUGGAUAAUUGCGAAGCUCAACUCACGAGAUCGCGGUCCUCAAAAGGAGGCCGUAUCCAGGAUGCGCGAGUGGCUCGGCGAGGUUACGAGUGCCCGCAACAGCCUGGACACACAUGACAAGCUUGAAAGGCUUGUUCACGGCAUGUUAUCACCGAACCCCAAGGAAAGAGCUACAAUCAAGGACAUCGCUGGCCACUUUCUUGCUGAGCAAGUGACCGAACGAUAG